AGUCUUUUGGGACCUGUCAUGUCUGCAGUUUCUGGUCAUCUCCUGUACUAUAGCCACAGUCUCUGAUCAUCUCCUGUACUAUGUCGACAGUCUCUGGUCAUCUCCUGUACUCUGUCUGCAGUCUCUGGUCAUCUCCUGUACUAUGUCCGCAGUCUCUGGUCAUCUCCUGUACUAUGUCUGCAGUCUCUGGUCAUCUCCUGUACUGUGUCUGCAGUCUCUGGUCAUCUCCUGUACUAUGUCCGCAGUCUCUGGUCAUCUCCUGUACUAUGUCCGCAGUCUCUGGUCAUCUCCUGUACUAUGUCCGCAGUCUCUGGUCAUUCCUGUACUAUGUCAGUCUCUGGUCAUUCCCUGUCUCUGGUCAUCUCCUGUACUAUGUCCGCAGUCUCUGGUCAUCUCCUGUACUCUGUCUGCAGUCUCUGGUCAUCUCCUGUACUCUGUCUGCAGUCUCUGGUCAUCUCCUGUACUAUGUCUGCAGUCUCUGGUCAUCUCCUGUAGUAUGUCCGCAGUCUCUGGUCAUCUCCUGUUGUAUGUCAGCAGUUUCUGGUCAUCUUCUGUACUAUAUCCACAGUCUCUGGUCAUCUCCUGUACUGUGUCUGCAGUCUCUGGUCAUCUCC